AUGAGCUUUCCACAGGCCCGCCCAGCAUCAUCAAAAGGCAGCACGCUGGCGCCCCCACCAGCAGACGACAGCAUCGACGACGAGAAACGAGCCGCCAUCUUCACGAGCAAGGGCAGCGUCGACGGCGGCGACGAGAAAGCCGACACGCUCCGCACGGCGACCCACGCCACCUCCCACGGGGAUCCCAUCUACGGCUCCCGCAGCGGUAACGGCAGCGGCAGAGGCUCAGGAGACCGCACCGCUGCCACCGCCGCUGCCGCGACAACCCACAACCUCUGGUCGCCGAGCCACAUCGCCGCGCUCGACGCGCACGAGCUGGCCUACUGGCGCACGCGCGUAUCCCCAGGCCACCCGUCAUUCCUGGUCGGCUGGAGCGAGCCGGCAGACGCCGAGCGGCCGAGCGACUGGCGGCGCGAUACGAAGCUGCUCGUCGCGGGCGCGGCGCAGGGCAUGGCGUUCGCGGCGGCGUUUGCGAGCAGCGUGUUUUCGCCCGCGCAGCCGGCGCUGGCUGCGGAGUUCGGCACCAGCGCGACCGCCGCCGGCUGCGCGGUCGCGCUGUGGAUCGCCGGAGCCGCCGGCGGCGCCGUGCUGUUCCGCGAUCUGCUGCGGCGCUAUGGCUCGCGCGGCCCGCUCGCGUUUGCUUUCUUCGGGCUGGCCGUCUGGUCGAUCCCCGCCGCGCUCGCCCGCGACAUCCAGAGCCUGCUGGUGUUUCGGUUCUUUGCCGGCGCGUCCGCUGCGGGCGUCUGGGUUGUCACGCCCUUUGUGUGCAGCCAGCUAUUUGAGAAAUCGGCUGCUGCACGGCGCGUGGCGAUGAGCGCCGUGGCGGCCUGUGCUGCCCUUGGGGUUGUCGUGGCGCCUGUUGCUGGUGCCUAUAUUGUCCACCAGGGCACCGCUACGGCUUCGUAUUCCAACACUCACGCCCCAUUUUCUUCUUUGUCUUCGUGGCGAUGGGUGGGCUGGACGACGGUCAUAAUGGGGGCGUGCUGCUUCGGUGCUGCUGCCUUUGCCGUGCCAGAGGUUUCGUCGAACGUCCUUCUCGAGCGAAAGGCCAGGCGCUUACGCCUGGUGUUGGAAAUCUACAGUCUGCACGCCGAGAGCGAGACGCCAGCUGGAAGACUGGAGAAGCAACUCGACUAUGCCUGGUUGGGCAAACAGCCCGUCGUCUCCGUGGUCAUGGUCAGCUCGGCUCUUGUUUACGGGAUGUUGUACCUGGUGGUCCAGGGGCUCCCGCUGGCGUUCCAGCGCCGCGACUGGCCGGCCAAAACAGCCUGUUUGCCUCUCCUUGCAGUAGCCCUGGGACUCGCGACGAGUUACGGUGUAUUCGCCGUCUUCACCGUGGCCAGAUCCAAGCGGAGGCUCUGGCGCGAGAAGCCCGAGGACCAUCUCGCACUGUGGAUAGUCGGCGCGCUGAUCCUCCCACCGGCAUUUCUGUGGUUUGGCUGGUCAGCCAACACGCACUGGGCUUCCCAGGUGGCGGCAAGCGUCUUUGUUGGGCUUGGGCUUGGGCUGGUCUUUGUCUCCGAGACGGCAUAUCUCGCCGACGCCUAUGGCAGCUGCAAAGCUUACGUGGCGCUGUUGGAGGUUGCGGUCUGCGGUCUAGUCGCUACUUCGUUUCCGCUCUGGACUGGAAUAGUCUUUGAAAAGCUCGGCGUCCAGUGGGCAAACACGGUGGUUGCUCUGAUCUGCGCUGUUGUGAUCGUUCCGGUACCGGUUGUCUUGUCAUUCUACAGUUUUGGGGCGAGAAGCUGGAAAUAA